AUGACACAGCGUGAUGUUAGCAAUGGCCGAUCCCUGGGAUUCCACCGCUGCCCCGUCUGCUUCAAGACGUACAAGCGACGUGAGCACCUACAACGCCAUCGCAGCUCACACACGUCGGAGCGACGGCACCGCUGUGGCACGUGCGGUGCUGCUUUCCAGCGAUCCGAUGUGCUGAGGCGCCAUCUCCAGACCUGCGAUGGCCCGGCUGCCCCGUCGUCCAGCCGACGACGCUCUUGCGACCGCUGUGUCCGCCAGAAGAAGGCGUGCAAUGCCGCCCAACCGUGCCUCAACUGCGAAAGAAGGUCGCUCGAGUGCCGCUAUUCAAGUUCAAACCAGUUGGCGUCACUCCCAGUACAGCCCGCAGUACCCCCGGCUGACUCCAGUCACGCACACCUUCAACCUAGCCCCAACACACAAGCAAGGCCUGGCCAUUGUGAACCUAUCGACUUCACGUUCGACCACAUCCCGUUCGAUGAUCUCGACACCUUCAUCGCGCAGGCAGUGUCGCAGUUCCCCAUGUUGGAUGGCCCAUCGCCUGACCCCUGGCCUGACAAUGCGAGCUUCACCCAGUCGCAGGCGACGACGGCCUCCAGAGGCAUCGAUCCAUUCCCGCAGGAGCGGUCGGAGACCUCGAGCUACCGCGGGUACUCGUUCCGCUUUCUCUCCGAACGCACCAGCCGGACCGGUCUGGUGUCGUCGUUUGAAUGCGCCACUCUUGCCCAGCGCCAACAGGUUGUCGCGGCGUUUCACCAAUCCCAAUACAUUGAACAGCAGCCCCCGGACUUUCUGCUGGCCGUUCCGUCGCUGCCUAUUUCGGCUGAUGAAGUCGACCCACAGAACCCAUCACUCCCCCUGGGCCUUGUUUUUCCAGAAACCGACCUCUCCUCGUGGUCCUCUUGGACUCACGAUCCCGUUGUUAUCAAGCUGCAACAAGUCGUCUUGCUCGUCAAGAAGGUCGUCACGACCAAGCCACAUGACAGGACCAUCACAAUAAACUGGUCGGCGGCACUCGAACACAGGUGCCGGCAAUUCUUCUCGCCUCCGAGAUUCGCCAAGUUCAUCGAGCUGUACUGGUCGGUCUGGCACCCCAACGUCAACAUCCUUCACCGUCCUACCUUCGACACGGCCAGUUCCAAACCGAUUCUGCUGGCCGCGAUGGCUUUGAUCGGCUCCUGUGUCUCCCCGGAUCCGGUCGACAUCGAAGACGCCAGGAUGUGGUUCAAUUGCGUCGAGGAGAUGGUGUUCACCGAUGACGACUUCUGCAGAGACAUUGAGCCGCCCGCCGUCUGCGACAUCACGUUGCCCAUCAACACCGUUGUGAACCGACCGACACUCGAAGCACUCCAGGCCGCUCUCAUCGUCUGCCUCUACCAGAACUGGGAAGGCACCGACGCGAGCAAACGACGGAUCCGACGCCAUCGCUUCAGCACUGUGGUAUCUACAGCGAGAGACGUCGGCAUCGACACGGCACGCCACCUGGACUAUACCAUGCAGCCCAAGCAUGAGUUCAACUGGGGCGAGUACGUGAUGAGGGAGGGCUUGAUCCGGAUCUUCAUGUGGGUCUUCCUGGUUGACACGGCGUUUGUCAUCUACAACAACCUCCCGCACCGGAUGGUCAUCAAGGAGAUGAAGAUGCACAUGGCGAGUCCCGAGGCCUGCUUUCAAGCCGUGACGGCAGAGGAGUGCAUCGGCCAGAUCCACCGCUGGAUGCCGCCCACCAGCCCCUUUUGCACUCUCCUCUUGCGCGAGGCGAUCGAGAAUAUCUGCCUCGACACGAUGACGCCCGAAUCGCAAUGGCAAUUCGCCCAGCUCGGGCCACUCAAUCUGUUCGCGAUGGUGUCAGCAAUCCACUACAUGAUUUUCCAACACCAAAACCUCCUGGCCGUCGAAGGCCAGCUGGUCCCCAUCCGCAACGGCCUGCGCAACUGGAUCGAAAUAUGGGAAAAGUACGCCGAGGUGCCGCCGGCGCUCUCCCCGCACUGUUCGCUGCAAGAGCACGAGGACCACCACCAAACACCCGGGUCACCCCUGCUGGUGCCCGAGCUGAUGUGGAAGCGUAUCGGCUUCAUCCGCUUCUCCCCCGAGUACUGGUUACUCGGAAGCCUCAUCACGGACCGGCUGUCCGCGCAGACCACGACGGUGACUGCAGCAACGGGUACCUCCGCCCUUGAACAGUCGAUGUCGUUAUCGGCUGCUAUUAGUCCCGGAGGAGGGGGAGGAGGAGGGGGAGGAGGAUCCAUAUCAUCCGAAUCGUCGAGCAGUGUGCGCUGUGGCGGCGUCAAGGCGAGGUCUACUGAGCCAAUUUUGGGCAAGUAUGACCAGACUAGUUUGCGCCAGCUGGAUGAUUUGAUUACAGGCUUUCAGAAGUUUGGUAUUGGAUCGUCGUAG